UGCUACGUCACUUUCCGUCGACGGUCGCAGCAGGAAGUCCCUUCCCGGUUGAUUUGUGUUGUGGACGGCACCUCUCCCUGCCCUUCACCAGCAAAAAUGUACUACAAGUUGAGCGGUUUCACCCAGAAAUUGACGGGUGUUUCAGACACGACCGCCUACAGACCUCAGGGUCUGAAGCCGGGCGUCCCAGCAGAGCCCCCAGCCAUGGUCUUUGCCGCGCCCACCAAGUUUGCAUCAGAAGCCGGCACGGCGGAGUACAUGGGAGUAAACCGGGUUCCUGACCUCCAGAGGAUAUUCCAGACAUCAGACAGCGUCCCCGUUCAUCUGAAGCGCGGCGUCCCCGACAAGCUGCUGUACCGCACCACCAUGGCUCUCACCUUGGGCGGCAUCGCCUACUGUCUGGUGGCCCUUUACAUCGCAGCGCAGCCAAACAAAAAGUGACCAACGCAAACGCCGCACCUUUUUCACGCAGCACCUCUGUGAAGUCGCUGCUGGAUGCAAUCAACUCAACAUUCACAGUGUCCACCUGCCCUCGCUAAGACACCUCUUGGGACUCUUUUGAGAUGAGAAGCCAUCGCUGUCAGGACGUCAAACCAAUUAAAUCCACAAAUACAAUGUCCGUCUGUCUUUGAAUGAAAAAUGAUGAUGUCUAAGUUAAUAAAUUUUAGGGGAGAAAAGACGAAA